ACCGGAACCUUUUCAAGCUACAAUUGUGUUGCCUUCACGAUCAUGUGUAUCGCAGAGCACCAUUUACAUUCCCUUUACACAACUGAUAAAAACGACGAUGUCUCCCCUUCAUCAGGCAUGGAUGAUUUAAAAAUGAACGUUAGUCAUGUUCAAAAGCGCGUUUAAUGCUGUGGAAGCUUAAUUGUUUUACUGUGGAAGCUUAAUUGAUUUACUUAGAAGGUAGGCUGGCUAAAAACAGUUUACAGUGUAAAAUGCGAAACAUUUCUCUGCUUAGUUGCAGAUGUUGUUGGAGGAUUUAUCAAUGACAGUUUUAUUCAUGUGCUGGUCGCGGCGGUGGUUUCACCCUCGUUGCUUUGAUCCUCCUCCCCGCUUCAGUAGCGAUUUGAACUACCGGUGUCAUUCUUCCAAUAGGUAAUAGCAACAUUGUAACGCAUUGGAAAGAUGGGGAGCACGACCUCUUGCUGUGUGUCUUCAAGUCCGAAGCUCCGAAGAAAUGCUCAUUCGAGGCUGGAGUCGUACAACACCGAGCCGGAGUUGAGUAGGGAGGAUACGGGCUGCAACCUGCAGCACAUCAGCGACCGAGAGAAUGUCGACGAGCUGAACAUGGAGUACAACCCCUCUGACCAUCCUCGGGCCAGCACAAUAUUCCUCAGCAAAUCUCAGACGGAUGUGGAGUUAUCCAGCAAAAGUGUGCGUGAAAAAAGAAAGAGCCUCUUCAUCAAUCAUUUAACACACAUUGACGAGUCAAAGCAUGGAUCAACUAGAAGAAAACACAGCUCCUGUUCCACCAUCUUCCUGGAUGACAACACAGUCAGUCAGCCCAAUCUUAAAUUCACCAUUAAAUGUGUAUCUCUUGCAAUAUAUUACCAUAUCAAGAAUAGGGACACAGAUGGAGGAAUGCGGCAAGACAUUUUUGACGAGAAGCUUCACCCUCUCUCGAAAUCUGAAGUGCCGUCUGACUAUGACAAACACGACCCCGAGCAGAAGCAGAUCUACCGCUUUGUCCGGACGCUGUUCAGCGCUGCUCAGCUCACUGCAGAAUGUGCCAUUGUUACACUGGUGUACGUUGAGAGGCUGCUGACGUAUGCAGAGAUAGACAUUGGCCCAGAGAACUGGAAGCGUAUGGUACUGGGAGCCAUUCUGCUGGCCUCUAAGGUCUGGGAUGACCAGGCUGUUUGGAACGUAGACUACUGCCAGAUCCUCAAAGACAUCACCGUGGAGGACAUGAACGAGCUGGAGCGUCAGUUUCUGGAGCUUUUGCAGUUCAACAUCAAUGUUCCAUCAAGUGUUUAUGCCAAGUAUUACUUUGACCUGCGCUCACUGUCAGAGACCAACAACCUGAGCUUCCCUCUGGAGCCCCUGAGCCGGGACAAAGCCCAGAGACUAGAGGCGAUCUCAAGGUUAUGUGACGACAAGUACAAGGAUGCCAGGAGAGCUGCCAAGAAGCGCUCAGCGAGCGUGGACAAUCUGGUCGGGGUGCGAUGGGUCCCUGCCAUCCUUUCCUAACAACCAGGAACAUAGACCACACCUGAGACUGGGCCUGAGACUGUGCCUGAGACUGGGCCUGAGACUGGGCCUGAGGCUGGGCCUGAGGCUGGGAUAGAGGCCAGCAUGGUAAAAUUCCCAGGUUUUCCAGAAUACCUGAUUGGAGGAUUCCAGAUUUCCUGCUGAUUCCGGGAAUCAUCCAAUGUGGAUUCCUGGGGAAUUUUGGAAAAGUUACCCGAAUUCUGCAACCCGAACCUGGAUAGACAGACCGACCUUGUCACAGAUAGAUGCCUUCACAGUGCCUCCGCUCCUGUAACACAGGGAAGAGCUCUCUAUAGGACUGGUAGUUCACUGACUGUUAAGAGUAAGAAAAAUGAAAGCUUCUUUGUGAUACAACAUAAAGAUGACUGUUAAGAGAUCUCAUGACAUCACAGUUUUCUGUGGACAGAAGCAGCCAGGUGACUAUCAAGACCAUCAGAAGUAGCCGGGUGACCAUCAAGACCAUCAGAAGUAGCCGGGUGACCAUCAAGACCAUCAGAAGUAGCCAGGUGACCAUCAAGACCAUCAGAAGUAGCCAGCCAACCAUCACUGUGGAAACAUUAGCUUUAUGCGUUGUAGCAGCAAACCAACAGAGAAGUUGUCAGAAAACAACAUUUCAGUGUCAUUUGACCUCUUUUCCUGGGUCGUACCAAACGAAAGAAAAAGGACUGAAACGGUUGGAUGACCUGAACUUGUCCAUUAAGAAACGGUUUGCGUUGAAAAAGGUUUUGCUAUGGCGUGCACUAAUGAAUACGAUCAUGGGUCCUAGACUGUCCAAGCUGGCGUGGCAUGACAGACAGUUGGUUGCCUUUGGAGAUGGUUCUGUUACUUUUGGUGAAAGGGUUUAUAUUCAUUUUGUGUUCAUAAGGCUGUUUUCACUGCCUACUGCUAUAGCCGACCAAACCCAAGUACCUGCAGACAUCAUUUGAUCAGGUAAAACAGCAUUCUAGCUGUGCAGGCGUUUCUACUGGAGAUCUACAUUCAAAUUCCAGAAACAUUUAGUUCUUAAUGAACACAUUUAUUUUGUUCAUGUUCAAACAAGUUGACCAUAUUACUUUACUACCCACUGGGCAAAAACUGGUUGAAUCAACAUGUUUUCCACAUAAUUUCAACAAAACAAUUCAAUGUGAUGACGUUGAAUCAAUGUGGAAAACUGAUUGGAUUUGAAAAAAGUAUUUUUUUCACUGAACUUUUAACCUAAACUUUUUAUGUAAAUAAGAAAUAGACAUUGAACUGACGUCUGUGCCCAGUGGGUACCUUUCCACUAGUAUAUCUCCCUAGUUACUGUACAUCCCAAUACUCAGAAUGUUAUAUUCAGAUCUGCAGCUAAAUUCACCAAUGAUUUACUACAUGGCCAAAUGUAUGUGGACACCCCUUCAAAUUCGUGGAUUCGGCUAUUUCAGACACAUCUCUUGAUGACAGGUGUAUAGAAUUGAGCACACAGACAAACAUUGGCAGUAGAAUGGCCUUACUGAAAAGCUCAGUGAAUUUCAAUGUGGCACCGUCAUAAGAAGCCACCUUUCCAACAAUUCAGUUCGUCAAAUUUCUGCCCUGUUAGAGCUUCCUUGGUCAACUUUAAGUGCUGUUAUUGUGAAGUGGAAACAUCAAGGAGCAACAACGGCUCAUCCACAAAGUGGUAGGCCACACAACCUCACAGAAAGGGAACGCUGAAGCGCGUAACGCGUAAGAAUCGUCUGUCCUCGGUUGUAACAUUCACUACUGAUUUCCAAACUGCCCCUGGAAGAACGUCAGCACAAGAACUCGUCAGGAGCUUCAUGAAAUGGGUUUCCAUGGCCCGAGCAGCCGCAAACCAGCCUAAGAUCACCAUGCGCAAUGCCAAGCGUCGGCUGGAGUGGUGUAAAGCUCACCGCCAUUGGACUCUGGAGCAGUGGAAAUGUGUUCUCCUCAGGAAUUAAUCACAUUUCACCAUCUGGCAGUCCAACGGAUGAAUCUGGGUUUGGCGAAUGCCAGGAGAACACUACCUGCCCGAAUGCAUAGUGCCAACUGUUAAGUUUGGUGGAGGAGGAAUAAUGGUCUUGGACUGUUUUUCAUGGUUCGGGCUAGGCCCCUUAGUUCCAGUGAAGGGAAAUCUUAACGCUACAGCAUACAACGACAUUCUAGACGAUUCUGUGCUUCUAACUUUGUGGCAACAGUUUGGGGAAGGUCCUUUCCUGUUUCAGAAUAACAAUGCUCCCGUGUACAAAGCGAGGUCCAUACAGAAAUGGUUUGUCGAGAUCAGUGUGGAAGAACUUGAUUGGCUUGCACAGAGCCCUGACCUCAACCUCACGAACACCUUUGGGAUGAAUUGGAACGCCGACUGAGAGCCAGGCCUAUUCAAGAAGAGUGGAGGCUGUUAUAGCAGCAAAUCGUGGACCAACAUUAAUGCCCAUGAUUAAUAUGUGUCCACAUACCUUUGGCCAUGUAGUGUAAAUGUGAGUGAUUUAGCUACUGUGAAUGUGUCAUCCACAGGAUUCAAAGUAGGUUAUAUUGACAAGAAGGUGACCAAUGAAAGGAUAGAAAUGGGUUAUCAUACUUGAUACACCGUGUGAAACAUGACUUGUGUUUUUUGUUUUAGAACUCAAUGUUUUAAGCUACAAUGUUUCUUUAUUUGUUUAAGAACAAAAACCUGAACACUGAGCCAACUUCUAUAUAACAUAGCUCCUCCAAAUGUUAUACAGUUUGAUUUUGUCUAAUAAAUAUAUUAAUAUUGUUAUAUUCAUGAUCAACUUUUAUUUGUGUUUUUUCAUUUGUCAAGAAGACCCUACUGACAACUGAAGCACUACAAUUGUAUGAAUUAUUUUGAAAAUAAACUGUACAGUGUAUAAUCAAGUAUUAAAGUGAUGAUGCGAUCAUUAACUUAAUUUUGAAAUAUUUAUACGAAGGCUUUGAUCCAUGUUUGUAAUAAAAGAACAUGUAUUUUGA